GUUGGCCUUUCAUUUUUCAGCAGUUUGGCAGUGAAUCCUUCCCUCGUUCCACGGUUGCAACACGGUCCGCGGGAUCGAGGAGGCUGUGACUGUGUGCAAGUUUGCGAUUUGUCCGCCGCGAGCUGCGAUCUGAUAUUUUUGUCGAUUCCUCAUCAGCGACCAACCGCGCCCAGCCGCGAGCAGAGGAGUGCAUUAUCAUUCAAUUCCCCUUCCCAUUCCGCAGCCGAACGUUUGGUUCUAAUCGAGCAGAGUGUUCGUCAGUGCGUGUGCAUAUAGUAGGCUUGUGUGUGGCAGCGGUUCGCGGUUUGGCCGCGAAAGAAUACAGCGAGAGGCGAAAGAAAGAGAGGAAAAGAGCAAAAAGUGAACCGUGAAAAAAGAAAGAUAACCCCUCAGUUUGGGCCUGAAAUUUGAGUGCGCGCGACGAGGUGACCACGACAAGAUCGCGAACGAGCUGAUUGAGGCGCUUAGAAAGAAACAUCGCCAAAUUCCUCACUAAUCGGUGGCCUCACGAGAGUAACAGGCGGCCCGAAUAAGCUGCCAUCGACCUGCUGCGCCAGUUGAAUUCCCGAAACUCCCGAAAUCGCAUCAAAAUGGUUGUCAAAGUGUACAUCAGCGGAAUGUCCGGCAACAAAGAGGUGAAAAAACGGCAGCAACGGGUCACGAUGAUCAUGGACAGCAAGCACAUAGAGUACAGCAUCAUCGACAUCACAGAGCCGGGCCAGGAGGGGGAAAAGGAUUUUAUGCAGACGAACGCCCAGCACAAAGGAUGCACGAUCAGCGAUCCUAACCCGCGGCACGCCCUGCCACCGCAGCUGUUCAACGACACCGAGUACUGUGGUGACUACGACGACUUCGACCUGGCGAACGAGGUGGACAGUCUGGAGGUGUUCCUGAAGCUGGCGGCACCGGCCCCAGCAGUGGCGGUGGUGCCCGUCGAGACGGAGCACAAGAAUGGCGACGCGGCCGAUGACGAAAACAAAGAAAACAAGACUGAAGCCAACAAGGACGACAACGCUGCCGACGGUGCCGAGGACGCUGGCGAUGCCGUGGAUGGCCCGAACGAGCGCGAACACAAUCUCGACGAGGUCAUGGUUGAGGAGGAGACCAACCGGGUGGAAGCCCAACCGGAAGCCCAACCGGAAGCGAAUGGCCAGUCAGAGGGCGUAGAUGAGGAAGCAAACAGUAGCCUUGUUUCCGACAACGAUGCAACGAAAGACGACGGAACCGAAACGAAUACCGACCCGUCGCAAUCAGUUGGAGAGAUUGAUAAGGAACCGGAUGGGUCGAUCGUGGAGAACAGUGAAAGCCUGUCACCGGGACCGGAUGAAGAAACACCCGAUAAGGGGAGAUCUACUAACGUAGAUGAGACAGAACAGAACGAAGCAGAAACCGAGCCUCAAAAAGACGAUGCUGUUGAGGAUAAUGACUCUGAGCACGGAACGAAUCAACAUGAUGAGGAGGAACUUGCAGUGGAACAAACUUCAGAGCGGCAGGAACAAGCAACUGAAGAAGUAAACAAGACGACGGACGAGGAGGAUAGAGCAGCACAAAAGGAUCACACCGAAGCAUCCCAACAGGAUGCUGAUACCGAAUCCAACCCAGAGUCGCAUCCCGUUGAUGACGAUCCUGUGGAACCGGUCGAACUCGCAGCGGAACCGGAAGAACAGGUUACAGCUCUUCCGGGCAGUAAAGACGAACUCGACGACGCCGGCGGGUCGGAUGACGAUCGAAGUCAAUCGAGGCGAAGCUCUACGGACGAGCAGGAGGAGAUAGAAGACGUGCGGCCCCCGACGGAGGAUCGCCCGGCCAGUCCGGCGCAUGCGAGUAAAGACGUCGUCGAGGUACGUCCCGUGGCUGGCGAUGGUGCGAUGGAGGCCGACGGUAGCGACACGGAGGAGCAGGAGCUGCUCCGCGCAUCGGCAGCACUGGCCGGUCAGAGUGAGGAUGCGCAGGAGAUCAUCGAGGUCGACGAGCCGCUGGAAGAAGCAGAGGACACUGGCGAGCAGCAGACCGGUGCAGGAGAGGAAGAGAUCUCCAGCAAGCUAGUCGAUACCGAUGAUCCCAUGUUGGCCGAGCAGGAGCAAGAGGAGUAGGAUGUAGUGUUACACGAGCGCCCAACCGACCCAUCCAUCCAAGAAGUGCGUCGCUAUCAUCGUCAUCAUCCACGGCGCACCAACGAACGUUAUGCGCCUGAACGAAAUCCUCAUUCGUAAAACCAUCAUUCAGUUCAGGGCGCCAGUGAAAGAAACAGCUCCAAACGAGUAGCCACAUAAGUCCCCGGGGCGGAUUCCAGACAAGACAAUCGAUCCUAGUGUUAACAGACGAUCCGUCGGCAGCUGCGCAGGAUGCGUCUACUAUCAGAGGCUGCAGGGAGCGAACAACCCCCCCUAGUGAUAGGAAGGAUGCCCGAUGCGGAGUGCAUUCAAAAGCUGCAAACAAUAGAAAAACGCAAUGGCAUUUAUCGUUGCAAACCGCGGGGAUGCGAAUUCGCGGCCGUAUCCGAACACCGAACGAAUGUGGCACGGAAAGCGGGCUUCGAAGGGAAACCGGAAACUAUCGACAUGUGGAAAGUGAUCAUUCUUUAAGGAAAAUGCAAUUAAUAAAAAGGACUACAUAU